CUAGAAUAGCACUCUUCGACGAGAAGUCAAUGUGUUACUUACACCCAGCAGAUAUCAUCUCUAACCACAAGCCGGCGGCCAUGGAGCAGGAAAAGAUGCUGAAGCCCACUGUCACCUAUCAUCUGUUUCUGUAUCGCGUCGAGCUGGCCCGUCGGAAUGCCCGGCAGCUGCGGCUUUCCCGCACUAAAAUCGAGAUCACGGACGAGCUCAUCUCCAAUACGGUGCGCAAUCUGAAGACGUGCAGCAUGGACGACCUGAAGGCGGUCAACCGGGAGCUUCUGUUCAAGCGGAAACUGCGGAGCAACGUGUCCAAGCUGAAAAAGGAGGCCAGGCGGCAGCAGCGCCAAGAGAAUCAAGACAACUCACCAAAACAGGAUUAGUGUCGAAUCAAUCAGAGCGCUUUGAUUUAUUGUAUAUAGCCUGUGUAUAAAUACUUUUGAUAAGACUUUUGCAUUGAAAACGC